UCGACGAAGCGAACAAAGGAAAGGGCAAGGAGUUCUCUCCACCUUCAAUCUCACUGGAUUCGACCAUCAUUUUGACAGACCGCGUCAAAGAAUGGAUAGAAGAUGACGGUGUUCGAAGUUUAUAUGAUCCUGGUGAGGUGACCCCUUAUUUUCACCAGGUAUUGCGGCAGCUGGACAUGGAGUGCUACGAAAUAGGAGAGAAUAUAAAAGACAUCCAAGAGAGGGUGGAUUGGGUCCUGGGUAUUACUGGACUGAAUGCGUAUGGCGCAGCUGAGGGUCGCACAUUGGGACAAAGUUGA